AACAAAAAAACAAGAAAUACCUUUCGCUAACUCUUUUUUCAGAUUGAAGGCACACAAUCGAUAUUUUUGAUAAAAAUUUAAAAUUGGAGGGAACAAGCAAAGUCCGAGCAGCACAUGGCGGUUCCGGCAGAUCCAAUAACUGCAGAAGAAGAAGUAGAAGACGGUAGUCCAACGCACCACCCUUCUGCUCCGUCACACGAGUUUUUUGAUUUAUCGACGACAGUUGAUCCGAGUUACAUAAUCUCCUUGAUAAGAAAGCUUCUUCCGUUGGAUUCUGCUUCUCGGAGUACCUUUAGGGAAGGUGCUUCUGAAAACCCUAAUCGAGGAGGAGAAGAAGAAGAAGAGGAUGCGCCCUCUGUGUCUGUUUCAAACGAUGAAAACGUUAAAUCCUCUAGGAGCAAAUCUGAGAAUAUGGAUGUUGAUGUUUCUGCUGAAUUUUUGCGUGGGGAAUGUGAGGGUACUGAUGUCUCGGUAUGGGAGAGUGCCUGGGAGGAAUACGGUUGUGUUUUGUGGGAUUUAGCUGCCAGUAAAACACAUGCGGAACUGAUGGUGGACAAUCUCAUACUUGAAGUUCUUUUGGGUAAUCUGUUAGUCUGCAAAUCCGCGCGUGUAACAGAAAUUAGUAUAGGAAUUAUUGGGAACCUUGCCUGUCAUGAAGUUCCAAUGAAGCAUAUAAUCUCAACAAAAGGACUGAUGGAGAUAAUAAUUGACAAAUUGUUUAUGGAUGAUCCUCAAUGCCUAUAUGAAACAUGCCGAUUAUUGACUGCAGGUCUUCAAAGUCGUGAAUGUAUUACAUGGGGUGAGGCAUUGCAGUCUGAACAUGUACUCUGCCAAAUCUUAUGGAUUGCAGAAAAUACGUUGAACCAUCAACUUUUAGAAAAGGUCAUCGGGCUUAUUUUAGUUAUAUUAGAAAGUCAACAGAAAGUUAUGGAUGCUCUCCUUCCACCUAUGAUGAAGCUUGGUUUGGCAAAUAUCUUAAUCAGUCUCUUGACUUUUGAGAUCAGCAAAUUAACGAGUGAAAGAAUACCUGAAAGGUACUCUAUUCUUGAUUUAAUUCUUCGUGCAAUUGAAGCACUUUCUAUUUUGGAUGAUCAUUCUCAGGAAAUUUGCUCUAGUACAGAGCUGUUUCAACUAAUAUGUGAUCUGGUUAAGUUCCCAGAUAAAGUUGAGGUUGGGAACUGUUGUGUUACUGCUGUAGUUCUCAUUGCAAAUAUGUUGUCUGAUGUUCCGGAUCAUGCUUCGAGGAUAUCACAGGAUUUGAACCUAUUAGGUGGUCUGCUUGACAUAUUCCCUUUUGCUUCGGAUGAUGUGGAAGCAAGAAAUGCGCUCUGGAAUGUAAUUGCUAGGAUAUUGGUUAGAAUUCGAGAACCUGAAAUGAGCCUCUCAAGAGUACAUCACUAUGUUUCGGUUCUUGUCACAAAACUUGAUCUGAUUGAAGAUGAAGUUCUCAACCAACAAGUUGAAUCUGGUGAUGAACAGCAUAACUUGUGUUCUCCUGGCUCUGCAGCAAAUGCUAGGAAUGCAUCUCUUGGGAUGAUCAUCAGUAUUCUGAAUAACUGGACUGCAAAAGAAGAGAAUGCCAAGAAUAAUCGGAAUGCUGAAGUUCCUGUCAGUGAGACAGAUGUAAAAAGAUUGUUGGAUUGCUGUCAUAAAUUCUUCAAUUGCAAUUGAUGUAUCGUGUAAGCUACAGCUGUCUGGACAAAAUUUGAAGGCUCUGCACCUGUCGAUGCUAUUUUGUAAAUUACAUUUAGUUAUUUAUGGUACAAAUUUUAGCGCUGUCCGCUCAUCUUUUUAGAA